CCAGCCAAUGGCUCCAUAGCUCUCCUCGGGGGCCCCGUGUGUGUGUGUGCGUGCGUGUGUGUGCUUCAGAAUCUGAAAAAAAGAGAGAGAAACGGAGAAAGAAAGAAAUCUGGGGUGCUGUUUGACCAGAUCUGAACACGGAGCCAGGGGUACGUCGGAGCCCAGGGAUUGUUCCUACACUCAUCCUCAAGAAUAUUAGGAUAUAUUGGGAUUGUUAAACGAAUACUUAUAUCGCGGAAAACCACUGGGAUUGAGAGUUCUGCAAGGAUUUUCUUGGGAUUAAUUUGCAGCGGAGCCGCUCCAUUCAUGCGCCGAUUGCCGCUUUAAAAAGAAAAGAGCCGAGGGUGUUUCAAAGUCCAAAAACACAGCAGAGCGCGAGCCGAUCGGUUUCUGUCGCAGUGUUUCCUUGGGAUACUACUUAAUGUACUUUUUCUUUUGUAUGCGUUUGUUUUUGCAAUCAUGGGACUAGAAUAGUGCGAUAUCACUAGAUCAUUUUUUGCAAGUGCCCCCUUGCCGUUGCUUUGUCAGAACAUACACGAAUUAUCGUGUUCUGUGUUAGGAUUCUAGCUAAAGUGAAUGCAUUUUGAUUUCUAUGUGGCAGUGCAUUUUUGUCACCCCAUCCCUUUUUAAUGCAAUAUAUAAUUUUAGCUCAUACUCUAAUGUUGCGGCUUGGCCACAUAUAUACAGCAUUCGGCUGUGCAUGCACUGCACGGCAUCUACAAAUCAUUAAUGUUGUACGACGACCUUAAAAAUUAUUGGAAUCCACACAGAUCUGAACAAAAAUAGAACACAUAUAGAUUUAUAAAUUGUCGUAUGUUCAGGUCGAAACGCUCAGGUCUUGUGCGGCGACUCUGGAGAAGCCGUUUGAUUCCCGAUAGAGACGGGGGAGAUGGAAGUAGCAAUACCGGCGAGGGGGGUCGGGACGAUCUGUGCGGCAAUAACCCUGAAAAGAUUCCCAAAACGGAACUCAGACCGGUGACCCGAGGCUGGUCGACUGAGGGGGACUUCGGGAGAGAGUGCACCAGAAAUAACGCAGAGAGCGGCGGCUCUAGGGUCAUUUUGGACCAAGAUGGGGGUGCCAUGUGUGUCCUGGAGCAGGGAAGCCCCCGAUCCGCGCAGGACGAAAGCAAAACGGUGACAUGCUGUCUAUUCAAAGACCGGGACUACACCGGACCCAGAAGCACUGAGACGCCUCGGGGUAAGGAACCUGGUUCCUGUCAAUUCGUGCUAAGGAACCGUAGUUUCCGGGACACCGGCUCUUCUGGGGGACAGGAGGUGAAACCCCGUUCUGUAGUCGAGCAGGAGCUCAAGACCGCCACCUACACCCUUUUAAAAAGACUAAAGGAAAAACCGCUGGAUACUCUGUUGGAGGCCGUGGAGUCUAAAGGGGGGAUGCCGAGCGAUUGUGUUAUGGUAUCUCGGACGGAGUUGCGGUUAGGCGGCCAUAUGGCCCCUCCGCAUCUGCUGCUCUGUAAGCUCUACCGCUGGUCUGACCUGCAGCACACGGCUCAGCUAAAGCCGCUUUGUGAGUGCCAGAGCUUCGGUGUUCAGGAUGGGCCGGCGGUGUGCUGCAACCCCUAUCACUACAGUCGACUCUGUGGUCCAGAGUCACCUCCACCACCCUACUCAAGGCUCUCCCCCACUGAAGAACUCAAGCCACUGGAUCUGUCAGAUUCAACAUUGUCUUACACUGAAACUGAGGCCUCCAGCUCCCCGAAUGCCACACCAGGGCCCUUCUCAGAUCCCAGUAUGUCUCCGGACGCCCCCAAGCAGAGCCACUGGUGUAACGUGGCGUACUGGGAGCACCGGACGCGGGUGGGCCGCCUCUACGCAGUGUACGAUCACUCCGUCAGCAUCUUCUAUGAUCUACCUCAAGGCACCGGCUUCUGCCUGGGCCAGCUGAGCCUGGAGCAGCGCAGCAGCACCGUCCAGCGCACGCGGGGGAAAAUCGGCUUCGGCAUCCUGCUGAGCAAGGAGCCCGACGGCGUGUGGGCCUACAACCGCAGCGAGCACCCCAUCUUCGUCAACUCCCCCACGCUGGACAUCCCCAACUGCAGGAGCCUGGUGGUGCGCAAGGUGAUGCCGGGCUACUCCAUCAAGGUGUUCGACUACGACAGGUCCUGCCUCCUGCAGCACGCCGCCGACCCCGAGUACCUGGACGGACCUGGACCCUACGACCCCAACAGCGUCCGCAUCAGCUUCGCCAAGGGCUGGGGCCCCUGCUACUCCCGGCAGUUCAUCACUUCCUGUCCCUGCUGGCUGGAGAUCCUGCUCAGCAACCACAGAUAACACAAACAGACAGACAGAGACAGAGAGACUCGACAGAUGGACCGCUUUCACCAGAAAAUAUCCAAAUAUCAUCUACCUAGAUUUAAUAUAAAGUUUUAUAUAUUAUAUGAAAUAUAUAUUAUACCUGUAAAUACGGAGUCAUUUUUACAAUGUAAUUAUUUAUGUAUGGUGCAAUGUGUAUAUGGAAGAGAGGAAAAAGAAACCGGAAAAUGCACUUUGGCUUAUAUAUAAAUAUAUAAAUAUAUAUAAAAGAUAAAGAAUCUUUCAAUACCAAUUUGAAAAAUUAUACAGCAAAAAUAGGAUGUGGCUGGUUUUGGUGUAUAGUUUUCAUGUACUAUUAAUAUCCAGACGAAAAGCUAACACCAUUCACACAUUGAUAAUAAAGUAUUCGCAUAAUAUUUUUCUUU